AUGAAAGAAAUUAUAAUAAUUGAAACUUCCAAUGCCAAUAAAUUAAAGACUAUUCUCACUAAAAACCAUAUCGAACACCAAAUUAUUUAUAAUGAGACUUUAACCACUAAAAAACCUAGCAAAAAAGAUAAAUUACGGGAAUAUAUUGAAAUGAAAAGUAAAGAGGAUAUUUUUGCGGAUUAUGGUAAGGCUUUACAAGAUAAAGAAUUAGAAGCGGAAAACAAAAAGUUAGGAGAAAUUUAUCGUUAUGAGGUUCGCACUUUUGUUGAUAGUAAACAUGGUAAGGCUUUAAUCGACCAAAUCAAAACAGUGGAUAAAAAACGACUAAUUAAGAAAUUAGGACAAUUAACUGAAAAAGAAAUGGAUGCUAUUCACGAAAAACUAUUAGGAAUAUUUGAUUUAUGGGAAUACUUAAAGAAACGAAGUUCAGCGAUAAGCAAAAGAGAGUUAACUAGUGAAAGAAAAUCGCAAGGUAUAACCGAACCUAUUUUUCAUAAAAUUGUUGAAAUGAACCAUAAAAUUACUUUUGCCGAAGCGGAUGAAAACCCCGAAAAAGAUAAGCCAGUUAAAAAUAACCCAACUGAUAACCCUCCUAACUCUCUGCCCAAAAAACCAAUCAACAACCAAUUUCUACUUCAAUACUUUCAAAAAAACAGUAUCAAGUCAAUUAAGUUAGAAGAUCAAACCUUAAUCGUUGAAAAAAAUGAUAAUUCAAUUUCUGCUAGUCCUUUCGCUAAGUUCCCCGAACUAACAGGAUUAGUCCGCUAUUUAGAAAACCGGACUAAUAAAAAGGUUAGUCGCCAAGAAUUAGAAACAAAAAAUAAUUCUGAUAAUACCUCCCCUCACACUAAACCCCAAGAUAAUACUUGA